CCAAAUUCUUUCAAAGAUUCUUCCGGGCAAAGCCGUUACACAUGAAAUAAUGGCCCCUAUCCGAUCUACCAAGCAACAGACAAACCGCACGAAGAAAUCUGCGGGAAGCGCGGUUUCCAAACCCUCGGUGUUCGGCGAUGAUUUCCGAACGACAAAGAAAGACAAGCGCCUCAUCAAACACUCCAGCUUUGUGUCAAAAAUCGAGAAGAACUCCGGCAAGACGAAUAAGCGACGCAGAGCGUCCAGAAAACUUGUUGCCAACCUCGAAUCGCUAGCUGAUGCUUUGCCCGAUGCUGAGACCGACACGAACAGCUCUGGGCAAGUCAACAUCAUCAAACAGAAAACUUUGAAACACCGACCUGGUGCUCAGAAGCGCAAGGAAAAAAUCGAGAAACUGGAGCGAGAACGGUUUGUGAAAAAUAUGGCGCAGAUGUCGAGUAUCUCUGCAAUGACUACAUCGAACUCGCAGCCGGUGGCUGCGGAGUCAGUAUCAAGUCGAUGGGCCGCGUUACGGGGCUUUAUAUCUCAGACUAUGGAACAGCAGCCUGCGUUCAAGACGAAUAAGUGA